UCCGAUAUAAAAAAAAUGGUCUUCGCAAAUUACUGGAUAACAGUGGCCACAGUUCAUAGAAGGCAUAAUUGCAGGUAAGUUGUAACCGAUUAUUUGGAAAGGGGCAUUGAAUAUAAUGGAAUGUAUUUCCCCCUCACUAUCCACUCCCUCCCCCUUCUCGUCACAUCGCUCUCUCUACCUCAAAAGUCAUUUUACCAUCGAUCAAUGUCUUCUUGAAAUGUUCUAUCAAUGUUCUACAAGGUCCCUCUUUCCCAAGUGAUCCUUUCCCGAUCGCCCUGUCGAGAUUAAAUUGGCGACCCAGAAAAAUAAAAGGCACAAAUCAAAGGCGUCCCACGAAGCCCACCCAAAUCCAUCACAUCUAUCCACGAGUGCGUUCGCGGGAAAAGAGCAUCCAUGUUCUGCAUUGCAUUUUGCAGGCAGAACUGACAAUUCAACCUAUCAUUGUCAAUUGAAAUUCCCAUCGGGACGUUCCCCCCGCGACACAGUUAAUCAAUUAUUUGGGAAAAAGGCGAUAGGCAGUGAAUGCCCCUGAACCUGAACUAGGUACGGAGUAUGGGGCUUUCGACAAUUCACCAAAAAUUAUCAGUCGAUUAGAGAGUUCCUGCUGGAAGGUUAGCAGUUUGGAGGUUUAGAAGCUUGGAAGCUUGAGUUUCCAUUGAUUAUCACUUACCUAACCUACCGAGGGGCCCUUUACUUUGGUUCAAGCUUUGGCAACAGGACGUUUCAAAUGGGUCUGUCUCGUAUGUUCCUGAUUAUUAUAACUUCAACAGACUGCGCACAUUGACUGUCUUGAUAUUUUGAUACACCUUUCCGGUUUCUUGGGUUAUUACAAAGGUGCUCAAGGUGCCUAAGGUAAUCGAUUAACAUUCAUUUAUUUCACAUCUACUCAUUUACUCACUCAUACGUUCUCGGACCAUAUCAUAUUAAUCCCUUUACCUAUCAGCCAGUGCGAGCCAUUGCGAACAGAGUAUCAUCCAAUUUCACACCAAGCCAAUUCUUCGCACACGUUUUUCACACGUUAAACAUAAUCGGGAUCUUUGAAACAAUCUUUCAACUGUUUGGUGGUUUGUGGUGUUGAAGGUGGUGUCAAUGCUUGUAUCAAAUCGUCUUAAUAAACCUACCUACCACUACUUCCAUUUAUAGUAGGUGCGGUACCUCCGAUCCUUACACAGCGCCAUGGAGACUCCCCCACCAAUACCAUAUCGAUCACGACGUCGAAAAUCUCUCUCUGGUCCCUCGGCGCAUUCCUCAAAUCGUGUAUCAAUACAACCCGCGUCCCCGGAGGUUAUAUCUUCUCUAAUUACAUCGCUUUCCAUCAUAUCCUCUCCUGCGAAUGAACUAUUCGAGAAUCACUCAACAUCCGUUUCACCAACUGCUUCGCAAACCUUCUUUACCCAUUCAGAGUUGCGACCAUCAUAUACUAGGACAAGUUCAGGAGGAAGUUUUGGAAUAGACUACGGCGCAUUUAGGCGACCUUCAUUGCGCGAACUUGUUGAAGAAGAAUCUCUCGAUGAAUUGGCUGCGAGCCCUCCUGUCAUUAAGACUGCGAAACCUCCAUCGGGAUUUUCACCAUUGACUGCACCAAAGUCGCCUGCCGCAGAUUCUAGAUCAAACUCACUCAAAAACUUUUUGCGCCGACCGAGUUCGACGGGUUCACAAGGUUCAAGGGAAAAAGAUGAAUCGAGCACAAUCGGCAAUCUAUCAAUAGAGUCUGGUUACCCUCCAACACCGAAGUUGGAAAGGAAAAGGUCCACGGAAAGUUGGGACAAAAAACAGGCUAGGAAUCAUAAAGGGUUAAUGUACAUGAGUUCAAAAGAGAGACUUAGGGAGAACGCAUCGGACAAGAAACGAAAUUUGAAGGGCCUUGGGCUUGAUCGUGUAGCCAUACCCAACCUUGAUCAACCGUCUUUUAUGGCUGAAAUCCCUAUUACUGAAGAACCUCUCACAAUAGGCAAACAUACGAUACUCACCCUCGAUACUACCAACACAAACCCACUUCCUCGUCUUUGGUCUCCAUCGCUGGCGAAUAGUCCCGGCGGCAUUGGAUCUGGUAGAUUUAUACCUCCACGAGAUUCCUCACUUCGAAAACCGGCCGCUCAGACGAAGAAACGCGAUUCGAAAUUAGCGAGUCGACAAAGUGAUAUGGAACGUGACAAACAGAAGAAUACUACUAAUGAACAUGACGAAGGCCCGGAUCAGAGGCAGGAAAGCUCGACGGAAUCUGGGGAAUCCACGAAUCUGAAAGUGCCUAGCGAGGGGUCCGUACCUUCUCCAUUGCUCGAAUCUACAACGCUAGCCAACAACCAAUUUGAAGAGACUACAAAGAAUAACGAGCACAUAGUUUUUGAGGAUGAUAUUGAGUGUGCCCCUGCACCGGUUAUUACCCAAGGAAGAUCACAACACAACCAGAGUCCAAACAAAGCCAAACGGUCAUCUAGCCAGAAAAGAAAAUCUGGCGGGAUUUCACCUGAACCACCAGAGCUAAAGAUAAAACGGAGCACUUCACGUCUGAAACGUUUGUCUGCGCCUUUAAGCCCUGGCAAUUUAAACAAUGAUACCUUCAAGAAAAAUUCUUCCAGACCUGAGUCUAAAUAUGUCUCCUCCGAGCCAGCGCGACCUGCCUCUGUGUUUCUUGACGCUCGUCCUAGCAGUGCGGAUUCCAUCGAUGAUGCCGUCACAGCCUACCUUGCCUCCCCGCGCUUAUCACAGAAAAUCAGGCAUCCUCAAAGCGGUCGGACCAUCUCAUUCUCAGAAGUUGGCGAUCCAGAGGGUUCAGUUGUAUUCUGCUGUGUUGGGAUGGGGUUGACUAGAUAUAUCACCGCUUUUUACGAUGAACUUGCUUUGGCGCUGAAGUUACGAUUAGUCACACCCGAUAGACCAGGAGUUGGACAAAGUGAGCCAUAUACUGAUGGCACGGCGACUCCACUGAGCUGGCCUGGUAAGCUUUAUACCUGUAUUAUCUUUUUCAGUGCUAAUGUUACAUAGAUGAUGUGUACGCAAUUUGUCAAGCUUUGAGGAUAACAAAGUUCUCCAUACUUGCGCAUUCAGCGGGUGCAAUAUAUGCUCUUGCAACAGCAUUACGUAUGCCACAACACAUUCGCGGUCGUAUUCAUCUUCUUGCUCCUUGGAUUCCACCUUCUCAAUUGACGACGUUUGGUACACAGACAGUGUCUCCACCGGCAAAUUCUAUACCUACAUCUCAGCGUAUUCUUCGUGCGCUUCCAACUACAAUUCUCAAGGUUGCUAAUUCCAGCUUCAUGAGUGCUACUAGUAGCUCAGUUACCAGUAGUCUUCCUAAGCAAAAGAGAAAUAAACGCAAAUCUACAAGUACCCCUCGAGAUACUCCCACACCGAGUGGUAGGAAUAACGUACUUACCCCAGGUCUAGAUAAGGAGAAUCAAAAAUUUGAUCCUUCAAAAAGGCCAGAAUUUCUGGCGGCAGAAUCAAUGGAGGAAGCAGCAGGGAAUCCAAAUGAUCCGAAUCAUGAUGCUGCAAUACUAGCAGUGGCUGCCAGUACAUUAGCCGACAAAGAAAGGCAAAUGACUUACGAUACACGUUUAACCCAUGCUAUAUGGGACCUUGCUACUAUUGGCGCAAACCCUGCUGUAGAUUUAUUAGUGUGUUUAGAAAGAAGACAUACUAUUGGGUUUCGUUAUGUUGAUAUUACACGUUCAACAGUUAUUCAUCAUGGAAGUAAGGAUACCCGAGUUCCAGUUGAAAAUGUUCGAUGGUUGGGAAAAACAAUGAAGAGAUGUGAAGUAAGAGUAUUAGAAGGAGAAGGGCAUGGCUUAAUGGCUUCGGCUACUGUGAUGGGUGGUGUACUUAUGGAAAUCGCGCGAGAAUGGGAGGAUUGGAUUGAGAUUACUGGAUCUACUCCAGGUGAUGGGACUAAAAGGACUUUAAGGGAAAGGGCAAGUGUGGGAGCCUUCAGAUGAGAGGCUCUUAAGGCGGUAUAUUCAUGAUGGAUUGAGCGGAGAUAUCAAGCGAGGAGAAAAAGUUUGAUGGCGCUAGGUGAUGAUGAGAUGGCAGAUCUGCACGCACGCACGCAUAUUUUAAGUUUCCUUUGUCAGUUACUUUGUGGGGGCUUGCUUGCUUGGUGCACAGCGGGAUGGAUGGGAUUCUUGAUACGACUUGUACGAUUACCAUAACUAUACAUACUAUGUAAUAUGCCUCUAGAUACUUAGCUUAAUACAUAAUAAAAAUAAUAGAUG